AUGGCCACCAAGAGUCUUCAGCAGGCACCCAACGGUCCAGCUCAUGGCCAUCGAGACCAAGAGCUCGAAAUGAACGACUUGAUGAGCAAUAUCAAUGACGUCGUGAGCCGCAUGGCAACGAAGAGCAAGAAGCGAGGCCUAGAACUGAGCAAGAAUCCUCAGCUCGAUGACAUUCAAACAGCAUUGAGUGAAUUGGGGUACACCCAUUCUGAAUCGUCCGCGGAGGCAACCAGAGGCGACAAGGUUAGACGCGGCCUAGACCGAACCCUUGAAUGCAUCCAGACUCUGGGAGAGGUUGCGACUGGGACUGCCGUUGGUGUCAGCGAACCUGCAAAGGCAUGCUACAAUGCUGUAAACUUUGUCAUCAAAGCUUAUCAGAAUUACAAGCGAUCGUUUGAAACACUCGCUCAGCUUUUGGAGAUGUGUUUCGCUUCGGUUGAGCAAAUCGAUGUUGCGUAUCGCGAAGUAUCGAUCAAGCCGAAGCUGAGAAAGGCCGCCUGCAAGCAACUGAAGGUGUUUGUGGACACUUGCGAAUAUGCUUUCAAUCUACGAUACAGUCGACGUUCCAAGAUGAAGUUGCUCCUUAAGAUAACUUUUCUCAACGACAAUGAGGUCCAGAAGCUUCUGGAAAAACAAAAGUCUUCGACACAGGAUCGGGUUGCAGAGACCAUUACGAACAUGAGCUUCAAUCUCGACACAGUUGUCAAAUCUGUUAUGGACACGGAAGUCACCACCAAAGAGUAUAUACGCAUGCAGAGAGAAGGUCAGGAUAACAGAGAUCGGACAUCCAGACUUCUCAAAGCCUUUAACUUGCAUGGGUCUUUGAUCGAUUCUGCACAGGGCAAAAUACCUAACCCUGUCUGGGAGAAGCCUUUUCGCUCUCAUUGCGAUCAGAUGCUGAAAGACACAGGCUUGUGGCUUCAAGAGCACACUCGAUUCUCUGAAUGGGCUUACAAACACGAUGCUACGGCGCGUAUUCUGGGCGUCACUGGUGGUGAAGGCACUGGGAAAUCAGCACUGGCAGCCUAUAUCAUCCAUUGUUUGCGGCAAAGACGCAGCGACACCAAUGUACGGUCUUAUGUGUCGUACUAUUUCAUGAAGAGAGACUCGAAGGAAGAACAAGACAACAUCGCAUCCACCAUCUCAGGAAGCCUGCUGUGGCAGCUCGCUGAGUCCUACCAGCCCUUCUUCAAGUCAGCGUCUAGCAAAUGUGACAAUAUCGACAGCGCAUAUGAUUUAUGGACGAAUCUUCUUUUCAAUAACGAAGAACUCUUCAAGUCGGAUUCCGUCUUUUUCUUCGUGUUUGACGGGUUCACGGAGAGCGUGCAUUUGAACUUCCUGGGUCAGUUGCUAGACAAGUUGGAUCAAGCAAAGUUUCCACCUCAUCGGAUCCGGCUGCUGAUUACGGGAAAAGACCUUGACUUGAAGAAUCUGGCAGAUUCAUAUGCCCUCGGAAUGCAGACCAUCGAACUAGGGCGCGAAAAUCUGACCGACAUCGAAUUGUUCAUCGAACAUCACAUGGCCCGUGCUCAAACCCCGAAGUCUCCUUGGAGACACAACAUCGAAUUGAAGAAAAGCAUCAUGAAGGACCUGAGAGAGUCAAAUGAGGGAAAUUAUCGUGAUAUAAUAGCCGGGAUUGAGCAUAUAUCCAACAUGAAAGACGAAGGAGAGAUCGAGAGGUGGCUGACGCGGGAAGACGUGGCGUCUAUCCACCCGAUCGCUGUAGCCAUCGAAGAACUUGACAGGCAUUGCAGCCCCAGUGACUUACAAGCUAUCACCGAGCUGAUUCUUGGGGUCAUGAGCGGAAAAGCGUGGUUGAGUCCAAUUCAGUUGGAAGCCGCAUUGUUGCUCAGAUCUCAAGCACUGACUGGAGCAACUCCUGGCGUCUCAAAUCGUCAAAAGUCCAGGUCAGGGUAUCUGAAGUCAAAGCUCCAGAAUCAGUGGCACCAGCUCUUCGACAUUGAUGACGAUGGCGAUGUGACGUUCAAGAACACUGGACUUGAUACCGCAGGGCGCGUCAUUCCGUUAAGACAACGAAACAUAGACGACAGAGGCGGACUUGGAAACUCUGCCGACGUCCAGCCAGCCGAGGUGGCACUGCUACAGCACUAUCUUAAAUCCAUGUGCCCAACCGAGACCUACGAAAAAUUUGGAUUCGCAAUGUUCUUCAACGACAAACUUCUUCAACGGGAGAAUCGCAUCUGUCAAGACCCGCGCAACGCUGAGAUUACUCUAUCGUUACGUUGCUUGACCUGUCUCGUUGAGACGCGCAAUGAAGUCACCCAAGUGCUUUAUGAUUACGCAUUAGAGUAUCUGUCGACACAUCUCCGUUUCUCAGUCUCUAUCGAAGACGACCUUGACGAGCUGGCGCAGGCCAGCGCUCUUUCAUCCACGGACAGUAACCUUCGGGCCCAAGUGGGGCCUCUACUGAUGAAACUAUUCACGGAAGACUAUGCCUUGAACUCUUUAUUGCAGAUUCAUCACUCUUUUGACAACGAAGAGUCAGCGGUGAAGAUGGCUGUCAAGUGCUUCCUUACGAAAGAGGCGACGGAUCGUGACGUUGAGAUCGCUUUCACAUUCUUACUUGUUGCGGAGGCAAGGUCCCAGCAACUGGAUCUUAGCGGCGAAAAAACCCUGGAAACAUAUGUUUGGACCCCGUCUGCGCAACGAGUGCAGGAGGUAGAAGCGUGGUCUUGGCAAAUUGCGCCGCCUGAAUUGGAUAGAUCAACCUGGGAGGCCCGCAUGGCCUCAGUUGUCCUUCAUUUCUAUCUCAGUGGGAACGAGUGCAUCACGAAAGAAUACGUGCAACAACGAGCAAAGUUCGCAAGAGGGCUGAGCAAUUCCACUUGGCAAGUGUCACAAACCCUCGCUCGAGCUGUUGAAGAUGUCGAUGCCGCCGAAGUUCUGGAGGAUUUGAUCAAGGAUCUUACGAAAGACAGGAAGUGGUGCGAUGUUCCUUCCAACAGACCCAUCUUGGCCGAGAUUUAUCUGGAUCUCGGUGACAGGUAUUGGACAUUGGGCGAUUCUACAAGACAAUCAGCCGCCUUCGAGAUGCACUUGAAGAGCAUCAAAGAAGACACGAGUCAUCGUCAACGAUAUCUUGGAAUAAUAUCCCGUUACGCGGAAGUCAAAGCCUGGGGGCUUAUCAAGUCUUUUAUCGAGGCACUGUCCAAAAGACCUCAUUCGAGCGAUGGUACACCAAUUGGAAAAAUGGUGGUACAAGGUGUUCUCGAAGACCAGGCUUUCAGCACUAGCAUCAGCGAUGCCGCAGAGAACUUGAACGAAUGGGGGUUUUUGAAACAUGCCUACGAUCAAGCCCUGAGAGAAAGGAUGUCCCCUUUCGAAGCAUUCUCCAUACGCCGCGCAUAUGGAGAGGCCCUCCAGAACGCAAAGAAUGAGGGGGACAAACUGCUGAAGGUUUGGGAGGACAUGCUCGAGGCAUCAAAGGACCUCGGCUACUUAACACGACCUGCUAUCACCUUCUUGGUGCCAAAGCUUAUGCCGAUAUACACAAAACGUGCUAUUCUGGCUGCAGCACUCGAGGAUUCGCCCAUAACUCCCACCUCCACCUCAUCCAAAAGGAUCGAUUUUCUAUACGAAGUAUUUCGGAAUACCACUGAUUUCUCGACUUACGUUGUUUUAUAUUUCACACGGUCUUUUCUUCUUCGCAAAGACCGUACGCGGGCGAUAGAGUCGGUGGCGGAGCUGCUGGCGCAGUCUUUGGACAUGAUGUCCAACGAUGACCAGAGCGACGAUAUUCAAUGUUUUAUACAACUUCAAGCCAUCUUCUCGACAUUCAACGAUGUACAGAAUACGUGCGCUGCUUGGCAAAUGGUAGCAGCCGCAAAUGAACAGCAAUUCGAGGCGCGAAUGGAUACGUGGAAGUUCCGAACCGGCGCGAAGGACGGUCCCAAAUACAACCAAUCUCCGCCAGAGACCGAAGAUUGGGCUGAGGACCAUCAGACGCCCAAGGAGCCCAGUAGAGACCCAGUGGUUUGGUGUGACGAUUGCGGCAAAGAAUACUCUUCUCCAAGUGGUAUUUGGACGUGUAUGGAUGAAAGUGGCCUGGUUCAGCUGGAUCAAGAAUGCUACAGAUUGCUUAAAGGGGGUAAGAAUUAUCAGGGAAAGGAUGUGUGCGAUUCAUCCCACCACUUGAUGCAAAUUCCCAAGUUUACCGUCAAGGAGAUAAUGGGAAGGAUGAAAGAUGGAAAGGUGAGAGUCGGCGAGUGCGAUAUCACCUUGGAUGGAUGGAAGGAAAGCAUCAUUGCUGAAUAUGAGGUACGGGCGCAAACUUGA